AUGGCUCUCAAAAAUACCUUCUUUCUCGUUCUUUUCCGCAUAUUAUUAACCGCCGUGCACUCCAAGGCGGAUGUGCCUCCGCCUCCUGACCCUGAACCUAUCGAUAUCAUCGAGUUACCUCUCCCGCCUGUAACCGACGGCUCAAAAGGUUCGUGUACCUCAGAGAUCGAUCCCUUUGGAACAGGUUGUAUUCUACAGCAAGGGGGGGUGAUCCAGUCCGGAAGCUUUUUACCUGAUGACAACCAUGUUAUUGCAAUCGUCAACUACACCGGUGCACCUGAUGCGGAAAGCAUAUACACUGGUAACCAAAUAAUCCUCAUCAAGUCCGAUGGCACGACCUUCCCUAGCGGUAGCCCGUUCAAAUGCAUUACCUGUGGGGUACCUCAGGAAAAUGCCGUUGGCAAAUCAGAUACUCAGGAUUACCCUCAAGCAUUCCGCGACGGAAAACGGAUUUUGGCCGGUACGAAUAUCAUAGACUGCGGUGAAUUCGAUCUUACCAGCGAGGAGUGCGUCCCCGAAUCGACAUAUAUAUAUCCCAUCCGGUGGAACACAGCUACGGAUGGAUCAGGAGAGGGUGGCGUCAUGCGCGAGCUGCGUUUGCAUCCUGACAAUAUACAUAUCGGCUUCAGUUCAUUCACUUACCUCGACGGGAAACUAGGCCAAAACGGUUAUAUUGGGCGGCUGGAAUUCAAUCCAUCGCCAACCACGGGCUUACCUCUGGCGCCUCGAUAUGACUUGGCGAACGUGAACGUCUUGGUUAAUGGUACCAAAAGCAGGCCACUCAUCAUUGAAGGGAAUGAGAUGCGUGUCGACCCCGAUGCUAUCCUUGUGGGCGAAUUCAGAGGGUUCACUGGAAGCGGCAGGGAGGCGACGUACAUCGGCUACCCGAGAGAAUCGUCGAAUAUUGAUAUCUUUGCCGUUGAUCUGACAACAGGCGCUGUCCGUAGACUGACAAGCCACCCCGAGUAUUGCGACCCCGUCGACAUCUCAGCCGAUGAUGAAUGGAUAGCAAUUAUGGAUACUCGAGGUACUGGUAGACAGAUGUUCAUGGCUGGCAUGAGGAAUAUCCCCCCUAUCACGGAUUUGGUUUCGACCACAGCCGCAUCUUCGACCCGAAACAACGGACAGAGACGCUUCUUUCGGCCGUACCUUCUUGAUAAAUAUGGUGACCGUGGAGAUUACUACGGACAGCUUAUUAACGGGGCGGGUGACGGAAGCCCUGGCAGCAUUAAUGAUCCACAAUGGAACGGAAUGGCCGACCCUAGAUUCUCUUUCGACACUACGCGGCUGGUGUAUUGGGAAGCUCUCACUGUUUCGCCAGCUUGCGGUGGGAGUAACCCGCUCCCUUGUCCUAAUUCAACCGAACCAGGUGGCCGGACGGAACGAGUAAUGUUGGCGCAUUUCACCUCUCGCAAACCGGUCCCGCUAGCGGAUGUCGAGCCGCUUAACGACACUAUCCCUUGGGCUACGCCUUACGAGCCGGGAUAUAUCUCUCCCUUGAUAUCGUACAUUCACAGCGGUGAUUAUAUAAUGCAUGGUGCCGUAUCUGGCUCGGCUCAGAUCACUAUUGUUGCCGACGCGGACGGGUCAUUUGUAGAAUCCGUUGCCGUAAGCUACAGCAACUUCUCCGACGACGGACUAACCUUUCUCGAUGGAACGGAGAAUGUUACAACGCGAAACCCAACCAUUACGCUAAACAAUGUUGAUUGGUAUUCCAACCUGGUUCAGACCGGACAGACGAAUGCGACCAAAGUGACUAGCCCAGAUGGGUUUCAUCUGUCUAUCGACGCGUUCACGAAUAUCUUCAACGCUAACGGCACGCUGAGCACUACCAUCAAUGGAACCUUGCUACCCGAAGACCACAUGCGAAGAGUCGGACAGGAUGCCGAGUAUGCAAAUCUAGGAAAACGUGGUAUCCCUUGCGAUUUCAAUACAGCAGCUCACCGUCCAACCCCUAGUCCUCAGGCCGGCGGUAGCAGUAGCAGUGCCGGACAUACCCCUGGUAGCCAUGUCACAUCUCCCAGGGAUAUGUCCAUCCAUCAUCAGCUUCCGCCAACAGGCUGGUUCAGUGGUCUCGAUCUGGAGCUUCUUCAUCAUUUCACUACCUCAACAUGUUUCACCUUUUCCUCGGAGCCGAUGGUCCGCAACUUCUGGCGUGUGAACGUGCCGCGUUUAGGUUUCUCUUUUGAAUAUGUCCUUCGGGGUCUUCUCUCCCUUGCCGCGUUACAUCUCGCCCGUCAUAAACCACAGCGACGAGAUUUAUUACUCCAGCAAGCCAUGGUCCACCACAACGCAUCCUCGUCCAUGGCAUUACCUAUACUUAAUAGCCUAACCCCUCAGAAUGCAGUACCCAUCUUCUUCUUCAGCAUGCUUACAACAUACAUCGCGUUUGCUAGCCCCAAGGAAUUGGAUAACCUACUCUUAAUAUCGAACGGAGUCAUGCCCGAAUGGUUGUUUCUCUUCAGGGGCAUGCGUAGCAUAAUAGAACUCAAUAACGAAGCUAUACAUUCCAUGAUGUCGAUAAGCUUCAUAUUUGACUCCGGCCGACAUAUAGGUCAGAUUUGGGAGUCGACCGUGCCGCCAGAGCACGAAGGGCUUAAAGAACUAGAAAAUAUCCUCAGGUCUCACGUUGAAGAUCCGCAAAAACUAGGCGAACUCUCCCACGCGAUCGAAUCGCUGAAGCGGAGCUUCUUCUUUUUCUACUCUGGCAACUAUACGGACGAGCAGCGAGUUACAGCCGCGUCCGUGUGGCUGUUCAAGGCACGCGAGGACUUCGUAAAGUUGCUGAAGGAGCGCGAUAACGAAGCUUUAUGCGUGCUGGCUUUCUUCUGCGUCUUACUUAAACGCCUAGAUUACACUUGGUGGAUGGAAGGCUGGGGGGUACAUUUGAUCAGCAGGAUAUACUCCGUGUUAGAUGAGGGAUAUAGACUAUGGAUUCGAUGGCCGAUUGAGGAAAUCGGCUGGGUCCCAUAA